AUGCCUAAAGACACACAGCAUGUUCAAUUUCUCAACGACUACUACAACAGGCUCGUCGACCCUAAUGACUUGAUGAAGACCACUCAAGAGAUUUCAGACGACUGCAAUAAGGCACAUUUACCUCCCACGACUCAAGGCAUUGAUGGUGUUGACUCCCAAAUAGUGGGAAGACACAUGAGCGAAUGUCGAAAGCGCGCCGCAAACCAAGCUCGCGCAAAACGAAAUACUCCGGAACAGACGCAGAUCCUGGAAGCCGCGUAUGCACUUGAUCAUUAUCCACCUCCAGGAAUAAAGAUGAUAUUAAUGUGGAAGACGGGUUUGAGCUACAGGAAGGUCAAGAAUUGGUUCGAACAUAAAGCUAAGGUGCUGAAGAUGACCGGCAGAGGACGCACACAUCCAAAGUCGAAGAAUAGCAGACAUGCGAUCCGGAUGUGGAAAGCAUAUGAUGAGGAUCGCGAAGGAUACGUCCAAAAACUGUUAAACGGUUCGAUAUGCCCCGUGACCGGCGCAGAUCUUACUCGACAAAUGGGAAAUAAUGCACCCGUAAAUGGCGCUAUGAACAAUGUGAACAGCCAGCUAGGCCUCGGCCUCAUGGCAUCUGGAUCAAAUAUUGGAUUUCGGUUUAACUAUGAAAAUGGUCAAGGUAGCUUUCAGGCCAUGGAGGCACUACCACAUAACCUCAUGAACCGGCAUGGACAAACUGAAUUCCAGAAUGCACCGGCGCCACAGCACUAUCAGAUGAAUUCUCACGGGCAGAAUGGCUUCCAGAGAAUGCAGGUACCUCAGCCCAACCAGGUGAAUCAGCAAGCACAACACGGAUCCCAGAAGAUGCCUAUGUAUACUCAGGCACAAAGCCAGAUGUAUUCCAUGCCACUGGCUCAGUUUAUGAACCUGGGAAACAAUGGCUUGACAGCAGGACAGAGCUAUCCUGCUAAUGGAAACCAACAAGCCGACCAACAAAUCGCUCAGCCAGGAGCUAAUAUCCUGAAUCCUAUUUUGAGACACCCACAACCUGGAUUACUCAAUGGAAUAAACAAGCCUGCAUCAUACCAUCAUAUUGGUGGCAUGUCUGGAUGGUCCAGCAUUCCAACUGGCCAACCAGCGCCCCAAAACUAUCAGACUUCUCGAGGACCUCAAGGUCAAGGGCAGGAGCAGUAUGCGCCUCCCUGUUCCCAGGUUCUAGCAAGUCAGGCAGAGCAACUGCCCAAUAAGAGCUUGAGCCAAACUGCCACUCCAUCUAGAAAGAGAAAGCCAGCUCCUGUCGAAAACGAAACGGACAGUGAUAAACAUUCUAUGAAGCGACCUUGUCAUGUCUUAAUGUCUCAAGCUAUUGCUUCAGCUGGCAAGAGAAAGUUCACACCAGCUAAGGGCGAAGUGGAAAAGAUUGAACGUCCGAAGAAGCAACAUAAAAGCAUGAGACAGGUGUCCAGGACCAAGGGACGAAUGAAGCCUAAACCAUCUCCAGAGUUUCUGGCUCAAUUGACAAACAUAGCUGAAGGUGUUUACCAAGAACAUACAUUCAUGGCGGCAUCCAAUACAGGAAUGUCCUUCAACAAUGGUGACAUGAACAGAUGGUCACCCAAUCAAUCUCCCACCAGACAUAAUGGCUAUGGCAAAAAUUAUGAUGGAAAGACAAAUGGAGCAAGAGAGACGACUCCCGCUAUCUCACCCGCUACUAUUUCAACCCCGGACAUCGAUCCUAGUCUUCUUGACCCUCUUCUUUUUAGUGAUAACGAGAGAAAAUCUGGGGAGGCACAUGCAGCUGCAAAUCAAGAUCCCCACACUUACGUUCCACAACAGCAGUUUACACAAGAUGCACAGAAGGAAGACAACUCGGCUGUGGAAGGAAAAGUUCAAAGUCCUACAGCACACAACGCCAGUAGCCAAGACGGAAUCUGGGAGGCUGAACUACCAGCUCAAUACCUCCCAGCACCAAAAGAUUCUCCCUACGAACAGAACGGGGUCCAGGAGUUGGAGUUGCAGGAUCAGGUACCUUCAACACUGGAGUAUUCUGUGAACGCACAGGACGUCGACAACUCCGACAACUUACUCCUCUCAAUGGAAGAGAGUGCGUUUCGUGGCUCCAUUCCUAUGGCUGGGGGCUUCGACUUCAAGUCUUUCCUGCGUACUUAG